CGAAUCCACCGGUUCGCUGAUCUCCUCCGGUCUAGCAUUGCAUUGCUAAUAGUAGUACUAGUUUCUUCGUCCCCAGCCCAACCCAGCUCCCUUACUUAAAAGCAACCUCCCCACUCUCUCUCUCUCUCAACUGAACGAUUUCUCCUGGGGAAAGCAACAGGGACUUAUCCCCACAAAAUCCAAUCAAAUAUUGCCCAAACCCUGAUAUCACCACUUUCCAAUUUCUAUUCUUUAUUUUAACCUAGUUCCUUUUAUAAUCCGAAAAUGUUACAGAGACCCAGACGCAGGUGUGAGGGCACGGCCAUGGGCGCAAUCGUUCUCGAUCUCCGCCCUGGUCUCGGCGUCGGUCCUUUCUCCCUCGGGAUGCCUAUUUGCGAUGCCUUUGCUCAAAUUGAGCAACAGCCAAACAUCUAUGAUGUUGUUCAUGUCAAGUACUACGACGAGGAGCCUUUAAAACUUGAUAUUGUAAUAAGCUUCCCAGAUCAUGGAUUUCAUCUCAGGUUUGAUCCUUGGUCGCAGAGACUACGCCUCAUUGAGAUUUUUGAUGUCAAACGCCUUCAAAUGCGCUAUGCCACUUCACUGAUAGGUGGACCAUCUACUCUAGCUACUUUUGUUGCUGUCUAUGCUCUAUUUGGGCCAACAUUUCCUGGAAUUUAUGACAAAGGACGAGGCAUAUAUACUUUAUUUUACCCCGGAUUAUCUUUUGCUUUCCCUAUUCCAUCACAAUAUACAGAGUGUUGUCAUGAAAGAGAAGCGGAGCUGCCGUUGGAGUUUCCAGAUGGCACAACUCCUGUGACAUGCCGUGUCUCAAUAUAUGAUAGUUCUACAGACAGUAAGGUUGGUGUGGGAGCCUUGAUGGACAAGGCUUGUGCUCCUCCAUUAGCUGCUGGAAGCCUUUACAUGGAAGCAGUUCAUGUUAAGCUAGGGGAAGAAAUAUGGUUCACUGUUGGAGGACAGCAUAUUCCUUUUGGUGCCUCACCACAGGAUGUAUGGACUGAAUUAGGUCGACCUUGUGGAAUCCAUCAGAAGCAGGUAGAUCAAAUGGUGAUUCACUCUGCUUCAGAUCCUCGGCCACGAACAACUCUCUGUGUGGAUUACUUUUACAAUUACUUCACUCGUGGGUUGGACAUAUUGUUUGAUGGGCAGACCCAUAAGAUUAAGAAGUUUGUCUUGCAUACCAACUAUCCUGGGCAUGCAGAUUUCAAUUCCUACAUGAAGUGCAAUUUUGUUAUCUAUGGUUCCGAUUUUGGUGGGUCUUUUCAUCAAGGUGAGGGCACUGCUAAACGAAUGAUCACACCAAGCACAAAAUGGGAACAAGUUAAGGAGAUCCUGGGGGACUGUGGUCGGGCAGCUAUCCAGACUCAAGGCUCCACAAGCAACCCUUUUGGAUCUACUUUUGUGUAUGGCUACCAGAAUGUUGCCUUUGAGGUCAUGAAGAAUGGUUAUCUUGCAACUGUGACUCUCUUUCAAUCAUGAUGAUAUCUCUGGGUUAUGUACAGUCCCCUUGGCGCUGAAGAUUGAAGAUUGAAUUUACUCUUUAUGACUAUGUUGAUGGCUAAUGCUGAUGUACAGUUUUAUGUCUAAAAUUGUAUAGUUGAUUUGUAAUGUUACCGUAUGUAAAUACCGGACAUGGAUAUCAGAAAAUGUAAAUACUUUAAUAGCUAUGAUGCUUUGCUGAUGGCUCAGCUUAAUUGAAUUA